AUGAAUACAGAAUAAAAGCCUAGCUAAAUAUUCUCUCCUAAAGAAGAGAGUGUUGCUUAAAAUUAAAAGUUGAGGCCUAAUACAUAAAAAGAUAGAAUCAGGAAAUUCAGAACUGAAGAUUUUUCUCUAAAGAAAAAAUUAUAAAACCAAACCUUUUAUGGGAAAUUCAAAGUGAUAUGCAAAGGGAUGCAACAAUAUAUUUAUGUUCUAUUAGAAGAUCCGAAUUCCUCGGCUAUUGCUUAUAUCAUAUAAUUCUUAUUAUUAACAAGCAUUUUGUUAUCAUGUGUUGCCAUUAUUGUUGAUUCCUUAAUGGAAAAUGGUGUAUAAUUUUUUUAAUUACUAAUAGAGAAUAAUUAUGAAUAUGACAACAUUUCGUUUUAUCUAGAGUAUUACUUAUUCAUAUUCUUUGGUUCAGAAUACUUUUUAAGAAUGUUCAGUUCUACUGCUUUUGAUUAAUCUUUUACUCGAUUUAUACUAUCCCCACUUAACAUUAUUGAUUUGUUUGCCAUCACUCCAUUCUUAUUUAAUUUGAUAUUUGAAGGUGCGAAUCUUUCUGGAUUAAGAGUUAUUAGAAUUAUUAGAUUCAUGAGAGUAUUUCGACUAUUCAAAUUAUCUCGAUUUAUUAAGGAUAUGUUGAUGAUUGUAAUUAUUAGCAUCACUUAAAAAGGCAGACACAGUAAGAAAUUCAGUUAAGGAUAUUCUUAUAUUGAUAACUAUGUUUUUAUUCCUUGUGUUAUUUUUUUCAAUAAUAGUAUAUUAUUUGGAAUAUAAUGAAAACAUAUAAAUUGAUGAUGAAUAAAAGAUAUAGUCAAUAUCAGAGGCUAUUUGGUGGUGCAUUGCUACAAUGACAACUGUUGGAUAUGGAGAUAAAUUACCAUUGAGUUUAUCUGGAAAAUUUAUAGCAUGUAUUGCUGCAUUUUUUGGGAUUACAUCAGUCUCUUUGUAAUAUAUAAUUAAAUUAUAGACCUGUUGCUGUUAUGGGAAUGAAUUUAACUUAAACUUUAAGAAUUUCUGAAGAAAAUAAUGAAAUAUUAAAAAUUAAAGAAUAAUUUGCAAUUGAAGAUUCAAAUUAAAAUUUAUAAGAUUAAUAAACUUUAAAUCUCAAAGAACUGAAGUUUAUGGAAAGAAGACUUGAAUAAUUAUUAGAUAAUAACUAAAAAGUUAUGGAAUUUGUAGCAUAAUCAUAGGAUUUAUUUGAUGAAGUAACAUAGGACUUAAUGAGUCUUUAUUCUGCCUUAACUGAAUAAUUGGAUCUUCAUAUUGAAACUAAAAUUAAAAAUCUUAAAGCAAAGCAUAGGGUAAUUAAGUUAAUAUUAAUUAAGAUAAUGAAAAUGGAGAAAAAUCUUAACUAAAAAAAAUCUAUAGAAUUGAGUCAAGUGGUCAAAGCAUUUAAAGAGAAGUAGUAAAUAAUAUCUUAACAAUCAAUCUUAAUGUGUGAAGAAAGUUAAGCAGAUCUUUUCAGUAUCGCAAGUAGAUAAAGCAAAUCUUUUAUACUCAAAAAGAGCGAAAAAUUAAGAAGUAAAAAUAAUAAAGGUUCUUAUAUGUGUAUAAUAAAUAAUAAUAACAACAACAAUAAUAAUAUUCAUAAUAGUGUUCAUAAUCCUUUUAAAACUUAAACAGAUAUUAUAGAUAUUCCUGAUCCACAUAAUAAUAGCAUAAUUUAUGCCCAAAUUAGUUCUAAGAAUUCUGCUAUUUAAAAUGAUAUCCUAUAAAAUUUGAGAGGAAAUGCGGAAUUCAAAUUAAAUUUAGAAGAUUCAAGUGGAAACAUAGAUGAAGAUAGCAAUAAUAAUGAUAAUGAUUUAGAUAGUAAAAUGUAAAGCCUCUCAAAUAUAUAAGAUGUUAGAUUGAAAAAUAGUAUAAAAAAUAAUAUUAAAUGA